AUGUCGGGGCUAAGUACUGACAUUGUAGUUCACCGACUUCCUAUAAAGGAAGAUUGCAAACCAGUUCAGCAAAAACUCCGAAGAAUGAGACCUGAUGUUGUAUUAAAAAUAAAAGAGGAGGUGCAAAAGCAAUUCGACGCUGGAUUCCUGCAAGUGGUCAAAUACUCCAAGUGGGUGGCCAAUAUCGUUCUUGUCUCUAAGAAAGAUGGGAAGGAAUUAGAAAUCUAUGUUGAUGACAUGAUUGCGAAAUCUAAAACGAAAGAGGAACAUGUUCUGGUCCUUAAGAAAUUAUUUAUGAGGUUGAGAAAAUUUCAGCUAAAAUUAAAUCCAGCAAAAUGCACAUUUGGGGUCAGAUCAGGAAAAUUGCUUGGGUUCGUGGUCAGUGAGAGAGGAAUCGAGAUUGAUCCUGACAAAGUAAGAGUAAUACAAGAAUUACCUCCGCCGCGUACUCAAAAAGAGGUUCGAGGUUUUCUAGGAAGACUGAACUACAUCGCUCGUGCUGAUGCCACCUUGCCCAGACAAACCGCUAAUACUGAUUUGGCAAUAUUUGAAAAUUCCAUGGGAUGCGUGCUUGGUAAACAUGAUGAGACAGGACGAAAAGAAAGAGCAAUCUACAAUCUCAGUAAGAAGUUCACCGAAUGCGAAACAAGAUAUUCGCCAAUCGAGAAGUUAUGUUGUGCCCUGAUCUGGACAACUCGAAGACUGAGACAGUACAUGUUGUACCAUACAACCUGGCUAAUUUCUAAAUUGGACCCCCUAAAAUACUUGAUGGAAUCAACCGCUUUGAAUGGAAGAAUGGCCCGAUGGCAAAUUCUCCUAUCUGAGUUUGACAUAGUCUAUGUGAACCAGAAGGCUGCAAAAGGGAGUGCAAUAGCGGACUUCCUGGCAAGUAGAGCGCUGGAGGAUUAUGAACCCUUAAACUUUGAUUUCCCAAAUGAAGAUUUGAUGUAUGUUGCAACUAUAGAAAAAUAUUUCCAAGAAGGUGGUCCUUGGAAGCUAAAUUUUGAUGGAGCUUCAAAUGCUAUAGCUUGCAUUAUGGGCAUCCGAGCAGCCAUAGAGCGGAAAAUUAAGGUGCUAAAGAUAUACGGGGACUCUGCAUUAGUAAUUUACCAGCUCAAAGGGGAAUGGGAAACAAGAGACCCCAAGUUAGUCUGCUAUCGAAAAUUGGUUAUGGAAUUGAUUGAGGAAUUUGAUAGUGUCACCUUUAGUUAUCGCCCACGAGAUGAGAACCAGAUGGCAGAUGCUUUGGCUACCCUAGCUUCUAUGUUCAGAGUGAACAGGCUAGAGGAUAUGAAGCCUAUCCAGAUCAGCAUUUAUGAGGCUCCAGCCCAUUGUUGCAACAUUGACAAUGAAGGAGAAAAAGAUGAUCAUCCCUGGAACCAUGACAUAUUGCGAUAUGUGAAGAGUCGUGAGUACCCUGACCAUGCGACUGAAAAUGAUAAGAAGACAUUGAGGAGAUUGGCCAUUGAUUAUGUCCUAGAUGGGGAUAUCUUGUAUAAAAGAGGAAAAGAUCAAGUAUUGUUGAGAUGUGUGGACACUGUUGAAGCUAAAGAAAUUUUGGAAGAAGUGCAUGAAGGUAUCUGUGGAACGCAUGCCAAUGGCUAG